UAUGAUAGGGGAGACGAGGGGAAGGGGGGGCUAUUUCUAUCUCUCUGUCUGUCUGCCUGUCUGUUUCUAUUCUCCAGUCCAGAGCGUCUUUUCGCUCUCUCUUAAUAAAAUAGAGAAAAGAGUGAUAAUAAUUAAAUAUUUUUUUAUUAUAUCGAUCAUAUAUGUUAGAUACCUAUACCUUUCCUCUUACUUACAUCAUACUCAAACCUCCAUCUAUUUAUUCUCGCUUUAUUGCCGCAUCCAUUUUCCCAAGAUGCCCACAACGUCGAAACUUAUGCUAAUGUUUGCCCUGGGCAAACUCUGCCCUGUCUUUCUCUCUCUCGGCCGCUAAGUCCACCGACUACCAUCAUCCGAUCCUGGUAUUGUACAAUACGUUAAAUCGUACCUCUCAUAAUUCCAAAAGUGACAACCCUUUAGGAGUCAUAACCUAUGUUAGUCACUUAAAGACGCAGGCUCUAUAUUCAUCCGAUUCGUUCCUACGGCCCGGCAAGAUGAGGGAACACUACAACAUCACCUCUGGAUAACGGUUGACCAAGUAAUUCCCAAGUAAUUCCCAAAUAAUUUCCAAGUCCUUCGAUAAAAGCCCGAGGCAUGCCAAGACUUCAAAAGUUCCCGCAACUCCGGAUACCUAACUCUCACCUAAGGUCGCCACAAAGAGGGUUCUGGACCAUACCUAUUUGAAGAAAAACCCCGCGGUCACAACAUGCAAAAGUUACCUACUUACCUUUAAAUUUAGUCUUUAUUGCGAUCCAUCUGUAUUUGCCAAGUAAUUCUUGCUGUUAGCUGUAACUCAACGCUUACCCAAAAAGAAUUCGCAGAUUUCUACGAGUUGCCUAAUUAGGAAGUUUGUUUAACUGGCCGUCAUCUAAGAGCAAUCUUAAGAAGAGAGGACUCGAGAGAAGAUAAUUCUUUGAACACGAAGAAAAAUAAAAUAGCAGUACUAAUGUUCAUAAUAAAAUAAACCACAACAAUAAUAUAAAACGAUAGAGGAACAAACGAGCGCCACGUGGUAGGGGAAUCAGCAGAU